GCCCGGCGUUCCGGCGCCAGCCCCGAGGGGCCGCAGGCUCCGCCCCGUCUCGCCCCGGCUGGGGGAAAGGCCGCGGCGGGGACAUGCCGUGCGCCCCUCAGCGAACGCCGGAGAGCGCGAAGGGCGGCGGCGGGGCUGACAGAGAGGGAAAUGUCAUCCGUGGAAUCACACCAGGAACAGUUGUCUCAGUCAGAUCCAUCCUCAUCAUCAAACUCAUGUAGUUCCUUUGAGUUAAUAGACAUGGAUGCUGGCAGCCUGUAUGAACCAGUUUCUCCGCAUUGGUUUUAUUGUAAGAUAAUAGAUUCUAAGGAGACAUGGAUCCCUUUCAGCUCUGAGGAUUCACAGCUGCUGGAAGAGGCCUACGGCUCUGGAAAAGAUUGUAAUGGGAGAGUUGUGCCCACUGAUGGGGGUAGAUAUGAUGUUCAUUUGAGGGAGAGGAUGCGGUAUGCUGUAUACUGGGAUGAACUAGCAUCAGAAGUGAGACGAUGUACCUGGUUUUACAAGGGAGACAAAGACAAUAAAUAUGUUCCCUACUCAGAGAGCUUCAGCCAAGUUUUAGAGGAGACUUACAUGCUUGCUGUAACUCUGGAUGAAUGGAAGAAGAAACUGGAGUCUCCCAACAGAGAAAUUAUUAUAUUACACAAUCCAAAGCUCAUGGUACAUUACCAGCCAGUUGCAGGGUCUGAUGAAUGGGGUUCGACACCCACUGAGCAGGGUCGACCAAGAACAGUAAAGAGAGGGGUUGAGAACAUCUCUGUUGACAUUCAUUGUGGGGAGCCUUUACAAAUAGAUCACCUGAUUUUUGUAGUCCAUGGGAUUGGACCAGCCUGCGACCUUCGCUUUCGAAGCAUUGUACAGUGUGUUAAUGAUUUUCGCAGUGUUUCCUUGAACUUGAUACAGACGCAUUUUAAGAAAGCCCAGGAAAAUCAGCAGAUUGGGAGGGUAGAAUUUCUUCCAGUCAACUGGCACAGUCCUUUGCAUUCUACUGGUGUGGAUGUAGAUCUGCAACGAAUAACUCUGCCCAGCAUUAACCGCCUCAGGCACUUCACCAAUGACACAAUUCUGGAUGUCUUCUUCUACAAUAGCCCCACCUACUGUCAGACUAUUGUGGACACAGUUGCUUCUGAAAUGAACCGAAUAUACACACUUUUUCUGCAGAGGAACCCUGAUUUCAAAGGGGGUGUAUCCAUUGCUGGUCAUAGUUUAGGUUCGCUUAUAUUGUUUGAUAUCCUAACAAAUCAGAAAGAUUCUUUGGGGGAUAUUGACAGUGAAAAGGAUUCCCCAAAUAUUGUUAUGGAUCAAGGAGAUACACCAACGCUAGAGGAAGAUUUGAAGAAACUUCAACUCUGUGAAUUCUAUAAUAUCUUUGAGAAGGAGAAAGUAGAUAAGGAAGCUCUGGCUUUAUGUACAGACAGAGAUCUUAAGGAAAUGGGAAUUCCCUUAGGACCAAGAAAGAAGAUAUUAAACUAUUUCAGGACCAGAAAAAAUUCAAUGGGUAUUAAUAGAUCAACCCUGCAGUCAGCUUCAGGGGUGAAAAUCCCCAAAGAAUCUGAGUUCUGCAGUAGUAAUGAUGAUACUAGAAAUGAUGAAUAUCUGGAUGUUGGCAUUGGGCAGGUGUCUGUAAAAUACCCCCAGCUCAUCUAUAAACCAGAAAUAUUUUUUGCCUUUGGAUCUCCCAUUGGAAUGUUCCUGACUGUUCGAGGACUAAAAAGAAUUGAUCCCAAUUACAAAUUUCCAACAUGCAAGGGUUUCUUCAAUAUUUAUCACCCUUUUGAUCCUGUGGCAUAUAGGAUUGAACCAAUGGUUGUCCCAGGAGUGGAAUUUGAGCCAAUGCUGAUCCCACAUCAUAAAGGCAGGAAGCGGAUGCAUUUAGAACUGAGAGAGGGCUUGACAAGGAUGAGUAUGGACCUUAAGAACAACUUGCUAGGUUCAUUGCGGAUGGCUUGGAAGUCUUUCACCAGAGCUCCAUACCCUGCCUUACAAGCUUCAGAAACUGCAGAAGAAACUGAAACAGAACCUGAAUCAAGUUCAGAGAAGUGUAGUGACGUUAACACAGAAGAGACCUCUGUGGCCGUUAAAGAAGAAGUCCCACCCAUCAGAGUGGGAAUGCUGAACGGAGGACAACGCAUUGACUAUGUGCUACAGGAGAAGCCAAUUGAGAGUUUUAAUGAAUAUUUAUUUGCUUUACAAAGCCAUCUGUGCUACUGGGAGUCUGAAGAUACAGUGUUGCUGGUCCUCAAAGAGAUCUACCAAACCAAGGGUAUUUUCCUUGAUCAGCCUUUACAAUAAAAAUGACCCAUCUAUAUAGCUGCUUAAUACGGACAUUGAGGGAUCCUUCCCCAGAAAAUCUGCCUAUUGCUGCAAUUUUCUUCUCAGCUGCAUCAUUUCCUGCAUGUUGCCUGCCACUUACUCAUCAUUUGGGUCUUUGGAACAUAAUCUUCAUUUUUGGAAUUGAGUGGAAAAGCAAAGGGACAACCCUAUUACUUUUUACCACUGGCUUCAUAUUCUUUCUUCAUAGCUGGGGGGUCGUUUGCAUCUUUAAUUCUUUGAUAUAGGUAUCACGCUUUAUUGCUUAUUGCUUGAGUUGAUAUAAAGUCUUUUUUGGGUUGGAUUUGUUCUGGGUUGUGUAGAAAUUUUUCUGGCAAAUUAUUGUUUAUCUUUACAAAAUGUCCUAAUUUGGAAGCAGAUUCUUCAGAUUUAGAAGCCCUUUGGGGGUAUGCUCAUCUCUCCGUAUUCUCUGCACCUGAAGGCUAAAUCUAAGUGGAUAUGGAAAAGAUUGGGCAAUUUUUUUUGAGCCAGCAUCUAUGUAUAUUGUAUGAAGGAAAACUAGAAUGCAGCUUAAAGAGCUCUCAUACUGUUUACUGUCUUACUACUGACAGACCUAUUGCUGGGAAUCCCUGAUGCUGUUCGUUGUCUUUAUAACUGUUUGAGCUGCUGGAAAAUUCUAAAGUGGGCAAUUUAGUUCACAUUAAGUGCAUCUUUAUAAAGCAGAGAUGUUAUACAUCCGAGACCUGCCCUUUUAUAUCAGUCAUACUCUAAAUUGAGAGAUUCUAGACAAGGUCUGGCUUAAUUAUUUCAUAAUAGCUUCUCUUCUUCUGUUAAAGGUAAAGUUAUAAAAGCUGGUGAACUUGAAAUUACACAGCCUUUCCAGGUUGCUUAGGUUAUAAAUAAGAUCUUUUAGUGGUACCUUUCUGGUGAAAAAGAAUUUAAGUCACCUGCCACUUCCACCUGGGUGAAGGUGGUAUUGUAUAUCCUCUUUAAAAACAUUUUGCAAACAUCAUCAUUGUCCUCUUAGGUACCCAUAAUCCAGAAUGCUUAUUUAAAAGGCUCUUGCCACAGGCAGUUGUUAGUUGAGCAGGUAAGUUUGGCUAGGGGGAAAUGUUUAACUUACUUUGAAAGAACCUAUUGCUGUAGGGUUAAGAAACAGCUGUUUCAGAGUCAGUGUCAGCAUAGUCUGGAAGAUGCAAAGUAUUUACCUUGAAGAACAUGGGUGAGUCUAGACUAGUUUUUUUUUUAAGGCAUCUGCUCACCACCUCACUGGUCAGUUUGUCACUGUCUUUGUGGCCUUCUGUAUGAUAGUCCUUUAUACUCCCUCGCAGAUUUCCACAGGCGCCCACAGGCAUAGGGAGGCAAGAUGGGUUUUGUUUUUAUAAGUUUUUUAAAAAAAUUGUAUCAUGGUAUCCAAAGCACUGGCAUUUAAUAUUCACUGGAGCCAUCCCUUAGACACCAAUAGUCUUUAUCCCUUUCUGGAGAGAAAGAGAAAAAGAAGGUUAAUUGCUGACACCCUGGAGAUUAUAGAGGGAAGAUUGGAGUGUAGUUCAAGCCUGGCUUUUCCUUGUCAUCUGCUUAUAGACUAAUGCCGAGUAAGAAGGCCACUAAGAGGUUUCGGAUAUACAAAAUACUUUAUUUUCUUUAUUAUAUUAACUCUGAGUAAAGGUUAUUGAGAAGUAGCAUUUAGUAUAUAUUAAAGGAGAAGCUUUUGUCAAGUUGCUGUCUUCAAAUUUAUGUUUUCAUUUCAGCAGAAUAGGUACUAUUUAAGAGUAAACCAAAGGACAAGCAUGAAUGAGUCCCUAUAACCAAAGAUGGAGAGCAUAACCCUGGAUAGCUAGAUAAACCACUGUUUGUACUAAGAAAUGGUUCUUUUCCUGGUAGUGAGGGGCAGGAAACUGUAAGAGAGCUUCAUAUCUUACCCAUCCACCUGUGGUAUUUUCAUGCCUGUGUAUUAUGCAGGGUAUUAAGCUUGAUUGAAAUCAUUUAUUUAGUCAUAUGUUACUUGUACUGCUUCAUUUUUUACAUAUUCCCAGCUGCAGAAUUAGUAUUGCUUAUCUCAGCAAGAGAUCAUUUGCAUGGAAAGAUUAAUAGCACUGAUUAGCUUUCUAACAUUUUGCACUUUUGAAAUGUUUGUUUUUUAUGUGAUUAUAUUUAAAACUUUAGUAAAUACUGAAAUAAAACCAUAUUG